AUGACACACGAGAUCGUCGACAACCCACUGACCGAGGCUGACAUUGUCACCUCAGAGACGCCUGUGAACGUGCAGACUGACCUUCCCAGCAAAAAGCGCAAGAACGUGCAAGCCCCUGAUGCGAGCAAGAAACCUAAGAUUCAGGAAAACCGGGCUAUCUAUGUCAGCAACCUCCCCCGCGACACCAACGAAACAGAGAUCGAGGACGAGUUUAAGAAGUACGGCAUCAUUGAUCAGGGCGCAGAUGGGAACAAGCGUAUCAAAAUGUACAAAGACGAAGAGGGCAACUUCAACGGCGACUGUCUUAUUGUCUACUUCAAAAAGGACUCAGUCGAGCUCGCGAUCAGGAUGAUGGACGACUACUACUUCCGCAUCGAGGAUCAGUCGCAAGGCAAGAUCAAAGUCAAGGAAGCAGAUUUCUCGUACAAGAAGCACAAGGACGGCGACGAGAUUGCUUCCAAGCUGACACGCAAGGACAAGAAAGCUUCCGAGCGCAACAGAGCUGAGCUGAACCGCAAACUCGCAGAAUGGUCGGACAACGAAGAAGAAGUCGCCGAAACGUUUGCGCCGAAGAAGAACAAAUGGGCAAAAGUGUGCAUCCUGCGCUACGCAUUCACGCUUGCCGAGCUCGACGAAGACGAUGCGGCCAUACUCGAGAUCAAAGAAGACAUGCGCGACGAAGCGGAGACGUUUGGCGACGUCACAAACGUCACGCUCUUCGACAAGGAAAAGGACGGCAUCAUCACCGUGCGCUUCAAGGAGUUUGAGAGCGCAGAGAAGUUCAAAGACGCUAUCGACGGGAGACACUUUGGAGGCCGCAAGCUCGAGGUGACGCUGGCGGAGGAUAAGCCACGCUUCAAGAAGAGCGCAAAAGGGGAGGAGCCGGAUAGUGAUGAGGAGGAGCGCAAUCUCGAUCGGCUUGCAAGGCAGCAGUAG